AUGUCAGGUCAAUUAAAACGUUUUGAUGCUUAUGCAAAGACCUUAGAUGAUUUUCGUGUUCGAACAACAAGUGGUGGACUUGUUACGAUAAUAAGUACAUGCAUAAUUUUUAUUCUUUUUUUUCUUCAAUUACAAUAUUAUUUAACAACUGAUAUUGAACAAGUUUUAUUUGUUGAUACAAGUCGUCUAGAAAAAAUGAAUAUAACUAUUGAUAUUGUAUAUCCAGUUUUACCAUGUAGUUAUUUAACUAUUGAUGCAAUGGAUAUAUCUGGUGAAUCACAAACUGAUAUUAUACAUAAUUUAUAUAAAACUAGAUUAGAUUUACUUGGAAAUGUUAUAGCAAAUGAUAUUGUUAAAGUAUCACUUCAACCAUUACCGAAACUAAAUACUACACAAGAAAAUACUACAAAUACAACAACAAAUUCUGAUUGUGAAUCAUGUUAUGGAGCAGAAUCAGAAACACAGAAAUGUUGUCCAACAUGUGAUGAUGUCAAAGCAGCAUACAGAAUAAAAGGAUGGUCAUUUGAUGCAACUGGUGUUCAACAAUGUAUUCGAGAAGGUCAAACAGUUGGUUUGAUUGGUGCGAAUUCUAAUGGAACUCAAAUGAAUGAAGGUUGUCGUGUUCAUGGUCAUUUAGAAGUAAAUAAAGUCGCUGGAAAUUUUCAUAUUGCACCUGGUCAAUCAUUUCAACAACAACAUGUUCAUGUUCAUUCCUUACGUAAUAUACGUUUAGAUAUGCUUAAUACUACACAUUAUAUUGAUGAUCUGUCAUUCGGACAUUUUUUUCCAAAUCAAAUCAAUCCAUUAGUAGAUACAAAACAGAUUUCACUUAAUAGUGCUGUUCUUUAUCAUUACUAUGUUAAAGUUGUUCCAUCAACAUAUGUUUUUUUAAAUAAAAGUGAAAUAAGAACAAAUCAAUACUCAGUUACAAAACAUCGAAAAAUUAUUCAAAAUAUAUUCGAAGGUAAUACUGGUCAUCAAUUACCUGGAACAUUUUUUACAUAUGAAAUUAGUGCUAUUAUGGUUAAAUUUGUUGAACGACAACGAUCAUUAGCUCAAUUUUUAACAUCAUCAUGUGCAAUCAUUGGUGGAGUUUUUACUGUAUCAGGCUUGAUUGACGCAUUCAUUUAUCGUGGCGGUUGUUUAUUAAAACAAAAAUUAGAAAUAGGCAAAGCAACAUAA